AGAAAAGCUGCAUUGGGUAGGUUAGGCGUUGCAGAACCGAAACACGUCACCUCUGCCAGCCAUUUUUUCUUUUUUUCUUUUUUCGGAUUAUAGAGAACGUGAGCGCGAAGAUCGGAUACUCGCACCGAUUUCCUUCAUUAUCACAGUUUCAACCGAACGAACGACUCCUCUCCAACCAUUUCUCGCAGAAUUCCAGUUCCAGAUCAGGAGAGACUUCAAAAUCCAAUCAAGAUGUUGUUUGUUUCACGCCAAAUGAGUUACUUUGUUGCAGCUCUUCUAUUUAAGAUGUUAUUCACUAUAUAGGAAUCAGUUUCAGGUUCACUUUGUUGAUGGCUAAAGUUGGUAAGUUGCGGAGCAAGGCUCAAGGUCAGAGGGCAACCCCGCAUCUUUUAUCGUGUGCAAGAAAAAAUCUGAAAGAUGUUAAUGUAAGGAACAACUCUUCUAAAGCAUCGGAGAAGAAAGAUUGGGAAGAUGCAACCUGCUCAGUCUGUAUGGAGGUCCCCCACAAUGCUAUCCUUCUCCUUUGUUCAUCUUAUUACAAGGGUUGUCGCCCAUACAUGUGUGCUACUAGUCAUCGCUAUUCAAACUGUUUUGAACAAUACAAAAAGGCAUAUACUAAAGCAACAUCUGUUCAAAGUUUGCAGCCAGAAGCAAACAAUUCCAAUAUUGAUUUAAGCACAGGUGAAUCUAAAGACAAUACUGAAAUUCCUGAGCUUCUUUGCCCCCUUUGUCGCCGGCAGGUGAAAGGUUGGACAGUGGUUGAAGCAGCACGGAAGUCUCUGAAUGCCAAGAAAAGAAGUUGCAUGCAAGAUGAUUGCUCUUUUGUGGGGAAUUACAAGGAGCUUAGGAAACAUGUUAGGUCUAAGCAUCCAUUUGCACGACCGCGAGAAGUGGACCCAAUAAAAGAAGAAAAAUGGAAGAGAUUUGAGUGUGAAAGAGAACGAAGUGAUGUGAUUAGCACAAUUUUAUCUUCAACACCAGGGGCUAUGGUACUUGGGGAUUAUGUGCUGGAGCCAAAUGACCAUGCUUUUUAUAGUGAUGAGUAUGAUUCUGAUUCGGAAUAUCUAGAGGAUGAUUUCUUCUCGGUGAGGUCCAUUGGUUUGGGGAGAACUGGCCACUUUUUGCCAAACAUUAGGUAUAAUCAGGACCGUGCUGCUGAUAAUUUUGAUGUUGAUCAUUUUGGUUUGCAGAGUGUUGCAUCUACAGGUUCUGCUGCUGUCUCUGGACGAGGACUCCACAGGAUAUUGUUAGGAAGGUCUAGAAGACGACGGAGGCAUAGGAUAGCAAAUGCAAGAAGGUAAAUUAUGAACUACAGAAAUGUGGGGAAAGAGCUGUUCUUCUGCAAAUAGUAUGUCAGUGAUCUUGGCAUGGCUGGUUUUGUUGCUAUGCCAGAGCAUUUUAUAAUUUAUUUGGCAGAUUAUAGCAGUUCAUCUCAUUUAUAGAUUGAUAUGGUACCACCGUGACUUUCCCUGUUUUUAUAAUUUUUUUAAAUAGACUGUACAAAAGGAAAUUUUAGAGUGCUCUGCCUCUGAUUUCUAGGUCUAGGAGAUUCAGUUCAUUAUGAUUGUUAGAUCCCAUAGGUUGGACUAGUUAUUAUGCGGUCAUGCAAAGUGGUGAAAUUGAACACAGGUGAUAUUUAGGGAGAACGAUAAGACGUCCCAAAUAAUUUCAUUUUGAACUGAUGCUUUAUUCUUCCAAUGUAUGAUUUACUUUCUGUACAGGUUGAAUUACUUUAUAAUAAAUCAUACUACUACUA